GAACUUUGAAUUUAACAACAAACUUGGGACAGAAUUUAACAACAACCUUCUGGUCUCGCUGCAUCAGUAAGCGAGUGCUUCGGAUGGGAUGGGGCUCGUGUGUAGAUCGUAAGGAUUUUUGUAACGUUUACAGCUGUAUGAUCAAAGAGCGUUCCCCACUUGGGGUCAGUAAGUGUGCCACGAUACGACUCCUACAAAGGGACUGCGUGUAAUUGUGCCUUUAAAUCCGUGACAUUCCUUCCCUUUGGUCCCGCCUCUCCGCUUCCUCGAUUGGCUUUUUUGGUCCCCCUUCUUUCGCUUUUGAGUCCGGCUUCUUUAUUUAGACGUCUCGUGGUUGGUUGAAAGAUUUCGGCUUCAGGGAUCGAGUCUCAAUUCGUACAUGGAGAGGGAAGAGAAUAAUCCUCCGCCUUCUCUUUUCUUCCGCGAGGUGGUUACACGUGCUUCCUCUACUGCAAAAACCAAAAAAAACCAAACUCCAGUCUGAGUGCUCCGUAGUCCACGGUACGCCGAGGAGAGCCGGCAAGCGGCGGGACUUUUUUUUGCGGCGGCGGCACAAUAGGGCUUAUUCACGACGCUCCCCCACACAGACAGCCUCCACCCCUUUUUGGACUUGGGACAGAAUCUAGGUGGCUGCAGGAUGGCCGGGCCGGAGUCACGAGAAUGAGCCCGCGAGAGAGGAAGAGUCCCUGUGCCAGCCCGCGCAGGUGACAAGGAGGCUGCGGGAGCCAGUGGCGUCUCCAGUGGUGAGGGGCAAAUAUAAGGUGUACCUGUGGCUAAUCCCGUGUGUGGCAGCUCUCACGAGAGUUUACAUGCAGAAGCACCAUGGUGAUGCGGCAGUGUGCCUUCUAUAUGCAGAUAGGGAGGAGGAGUUAAGCACUCUGGCAGGAUGUCCCCAUUGGUGACUUCUGUGAUGAGGUUCUCCAUGUAUGACAACAACACCAGCCCACCUGACACUACACUAGUGACUGCGUGGGAUAAUGUUACUUCUGUGCCCUUGACAACGGCCCACUUUGUUAAUGACACCAACAUUACUUUACCACACAAGUGCUUAUUGUUGUUGUACGAGGACAUUGGAACAUCCAGGGUUCGUUACUGGGACCUGCUGCUGCUGGUUCCCAAUGUGCUUUUCUUUGCAUUUCUUCUCUGGAAGCUGCCAUCCGCCAGGGCCAAGAUCCAUGCCACCUCCAGUCCUAUCUUUACUACCUUCUACAUACUAGUAUUUGUGGUAGCUGUGGUUGGGAUUGCUCGGGCUGUUGUCUCCAUGACUGUCAGUGCCUCUGCUGCUGCUACAGUUACUGACAAGAUCCUUUGGGAAAUCACAAGAUUCUUCCUUCUGGCUAUUGAACUGAGCAUGGUGAUCCUGGGCCUUGCAUUUGGUCAUCUGGAGAGCAAAUCAAGUGUCAAGCGUGUGUUGGCUAUCACCACGGUACUGUCGCUGGCCUACUCUGUCACCCAGGGAACACUGGAAAUCCGUUAUCCUGAUGCCAGGCUCUCGGCAGAAGACUUCAAUAUCUAUGGUCAUGGAGGAAGGCACUUCUGGCUUGCAAGCUCCUGUUUUUUCUUUCUGAUUUAUUCAUUUGUGGUGAUGCUUCCAAAAACUCCAUUGAAGGACCGCAUUUCUCUGCCAUCAAGGAAGAGUUUCUACGUCUAUGCUGGAAUUCUUGCUGUGUUGAACCUGGUGCAGGGGCUGGGCAGUGCUCUACUCUGUGCAGGGAUCAUAGAAGGCUUAUGUUGUGUCGAUGCCACCACCUUCCUCUAUUUCAGCUUCUUUGCUCCUCUCAUCUAUGUGGCAUUCCUGAAAAGCUUCUUUGGGUCUGAGCCAAAGAUCCUCUUCUCCUACAAAUGCCAGGUGGAUGAGCCUGAAGAUGCUGAUGUCCACCUCCCGCAUGCCUAUGGUGUGGCCAAGAAAGAAGGUGUGGAUUCUAGCUUCUACUCCAGCACUCAGAUUGACACUACAGCAUACCUGGAUGACAUUGCUUCCAUGCCCUAUCAUGUGGGCAGCAUCAAUAGCAUUGAUAGCGACCGCUGGAAAGCCAUCAACUCCUAAGGCAACUCAGUUUCCUUUUUGAAGAAUGCAUCUCUCCUAGAUCCCACAGAUCCAUCACAGUUUCCCCUCUGGAACCUUUCAUGUGAAUGUGUUGUCUUCUCUUUCACUUGAAGAUUAUUUUUUUAAAGUUUAAAUCCAGUGUGGAACAUAAAAUCAUGAACUAUGGUCUUCCUGGAAGGACAGCUUUUUAUCUGCACAAGAGAACAAUCCAGAUCAGCUUUAUUUGAAAAAAAUGUAUAAGUGCUGAAUCUCCGUGUUCUUGAACAUUCCAAAUAUUCAUGGUUGGACAUGACUGCAGCCUUCCACUGGUGAUAAAACACACAUGCCAUUGGAGUUUUGAGGGCUCCAUGGAGCAUAUUUAUAGCAAUCAGUAGGAUUGGAUAGAUGCAUUAUCGAUAUUCCAUUUGGGGUUUUGGAAAGUUUGGAGCACAUUCAUGUUCUCAGCAAGCCUAAACUCCCAGCAAUAACAGUGUUUGGAAAAGAAGCUGAAGGAGAAUGGGACUGUUCCCUGUUAGAUGGGUCACUGAAGUUUGGGGGGAUUUGUAAGGAGAGAAAACUCUGGGUGCUUUUGAUGGAAAGAGCAGUUUGGAGUGAAUGACCGAAUAUUCCUAGAACUCCUCACAAGGAAUUUGUAGUAAACAUGUGAGUGAUAUAAUAUAUAUCCUUGAUAUUGUAUGAGAGGGAAGAAAAAAAGCCAGCAGGGAAGGGUCUCUGUGGAACUUGUUGCUGUGCAACUGAACUACUGUAAUUUGUUGACAUGCAGCUGUGAGUUUCAUACACUGAAUUAAGACUAAAUUUUAAAGAUAAAGUUUAGCCAAGUGAGAGCUACAGAGAGGUGAUUUGCUUUUUGGUGUCAGUAGAACUCCAGAGCAAAUGGGACUAGAGAUGAAAGAGUUAAAAUGGACAGCUCCAUGAAGUAUUUCAAAAGAUAGGGCAAGAUAGAAGACCAGUUGGAAAUGCUUUGGUAGCCUGUGUGUGAGGCUGUGGGUGAUGUUUGGGAUAGCACCUAAAUGGAAUACAGGGUUGCAGUGACUUGGACAUCUAAGCUGGAGGCAGGCUGUUCAUUGGAUACGUUGUUGUGCUCUCCACUGUUCUAUGUCAUAGGCCUAGAUGGAUCAUACUAUUCAAUACAGCUUUAGGACCUGGUGACACUUUCUUGCACCUAGCAUGGAACUGAUUAAUCUCUUUUAUACUGAAAAACAUGACAUACUUCUGUCAGAACUGACAUCAGGACUUCAGAGGCUUGACUGUGGAAUCAGUGCAGUAAAAAAAGUUGUUUUUUUUUAAAAAAUAAUAAUUAAUAAGGGUGCUCUUGGUGGGAGAAAGAUCUAAUACAGGGAAUGGUAUCAUCCUGUAGACAGAAGAAGCAGAAUUGGAGGGUUGGUUCUGAACCUGCUUUUGAAGCACAUUCAUUUUGUGUGCAUGGCUUUUAUCAGUAUUGCUUUAUUACUGCCUAGGUAAGUGAAAGAUGCAAAAGUAGAAAGGAACAUUUACCCUUGUGUAGAAUAAGAACACCUGUAUUUGAAAUGAGGCUGGAUAGGGGGUAAAACGGUGAUUCAGAGUUCCAGAUACUAGGGCAAUGAAAGCAAAAACCCAAGAAACACACAGAUUUCUCUUUUGCUGCUGCUGUUACUAUUUUGUCAUUUUAGUAACAAGUGGGCUAGAUGUUGAUAAUAAGGCAGCCCUAUAGCACCAAUGCAUGGAUGACAGUUCUUUUGAAAUUAGUAAGUCUUACUUUAAAGUCGACACAUAUAGGAUUGAGGCACAAGCUGGGCAAAUGCCCUGAGCUUUCCCCACUGUGUUUAUGAACAUCACUUCCUUCAAUCAGCCUGAAGGUUCUACAUCUGAGAUUUCUGCCUGCCAGCUGCCCUUGGAUUAGAAGACAGACGCCUUGAUUAUAUUUUAAGAUGGGUUUUAAUUUUUUUUCUUUUUAAAGAAAUGACAUGAUUGAUUGCAUCUCUAUUUUGGAUGAGUUGUUAAUGCAGGUUGACAGAAUUGUUGUGGUGGAGAUGAGUACUUCCUCUUUAGUUUUGCUAUUACCCAGAUUCACCUUUUCUAAUUUAAUACCACACUCCUUUAUCCAGAUUUACUGCUGUGAGCAAUGUUGCCACUUCUGUGGUGAGGUGUUUUACAUACUGUGUGGCUUUAGCUUCGUUAGUGCUUAUGGUGCCAGGCAGGGAUGGGCUGGUAGACUCACUCUGCCUUUGCCUUGCUCCCAAACAACUUGUCAUGUGGUGCCCUAGAAGACUGAACUCUGCAAGGGGCAGUUAUAGGAGCUUUGAGGUAUCCUUGGCUGCUGUAAGAACAUCCUUGCCCCAUAUACAGUUCCUUUUCUUCUUUGUAUUCUGUGAAAGUCAGGGAUGCUCUGAAAGAAAGCAAUACCCACUGGAUGCAGGGCUUGAGGCCAAGUGGCAGUGAUGUCAUAUAAGGUUAAUUUAUUUAAAAUAUAUUUUUACUUAAAAGCAUUAUAGAUGUUCUUUUGCAUGGUGGUUAAUGCUGUUAACCAGCCAGUGUAGGGACCCUUGGCAGCAAACCAUUGUUGUCCCCUUAAUUUCCUUGAUUACCCACAGCUAAGUAUAAGAUUGUUUUCUACAUUUAUUCCAUCAGCCUUGAGAAAAAGCAAAGAACCCUGAAGAUGAAAAUGGAUUCUUUGGGCAAUGUGUCUCGAGAUGAGUCUGAAUUUGGGUCAUUAUUUCCUCACAGCAAUGAAUCAAAUGCUGUUCAGUCAUUGGAGCUAUGAUAAACUCUUCCAGUAUAGAAUUCUCUUCUCCUUAUCCUCUGACAUUUUAAGCAUCUCCUCUGUUCAUCCCACAUUGCCUUCUGCUGCUGAGAAGUACCUGCACUAAGUGAAGGGGGUUGUCUCCUUCCAAGCUUUGUCAUUUUUGUGUGUGUGUAUAUAAGAUGCCUCCAUGGCCAGUACACAAUAUGGUCCAUGAGUAGGGGUGUGUGUGUGAACAUGCUGUGUGAUGUUGGGAGAUUAAAAACAGAGUUAUGUAUAUUUUGUCUGUAAAAUAAAUGAUGUUUGAUAUAAAAGGAAAUAUUCUUUCUCUCAUGAUAGGAGCUCUGUCUGUAUUUUUGCUGUCUGUAUUUUUGUUUCUAGAAUUAAAGAAGACUGCCAACA